GUUCACCAUCUGCCACAAGACGGAGGUCAUGAAGAACACCCUAAAUCCAGUCUGGCAAACUUUCUCCAUUCCCGUGAGAGCCCUCUGCAACGGGGACUAUGAUCGGACCAUCAAGGUGGAGGUGUACGACUGGGAUCGAGACGGCAGCCAUGACUUCAUUGGGGAGUUCACCACCAGCUACCGGGAGCUGGCCCGCGGGCAGAGCCAGUUCAACAUCUAUGAGGUGAGGUGGGCUUUGCACACAGUCACGCUGCUUUCCUUUGCUGUGGAAUCAGAGUGCACAUUUCUCGACUACAUCAAAGGAGGGACCCAGAUCAAUUUCACGGUGGCCAUUGAUUUCACAGCCUCCAAUGGGAACCCCUCGCAGUCAACAUCGCUGCACUACAUGAGCCCCUACCAGCUGAAUGCCUACGCGCUGGCACUGACCGCAGUCGGGGAGAUCAUCCAGCACUACGACAGCGACAAGAUGUUCCCCGCCCUCGGCUUCGGGGCCAAGCUGCCCCCGGACGGCAGGGUGUCCCACGAGUUCCCGCUGAACGGCAACCAGGAGAACCCCUCAUGUUGUGGCAUCGAUGGCAUCCUGGAGGCCUACCACCACAGCCUGCGCACGGUGCAGCUCUACGGCCCCACCAACUUCGCCCCCGUGGUCACGCACGUGGCCAGGAACGCGGCCGCAGUGCAGGACGGCUCCCAGUACUCGGUGCUGCUCAUCAUCACAGAUGGGGUCAUCUCGGACAUGGCGCAGACCAAGGAGGCAAUCGUCAACGUGAUUAGCUCCCCCACCCCUUGUCUUUACCCGCUCCCCCCAACAGCCAUGGUGGAGCUAGAUGGCGAUGAUGUGCGGAUCUCCUCGCGGGGAAAGCUGGCCGAGCGGGACAUUGUCCAGUUCGUGCCCUUCAGGGACUACGUGGAUCGCACGGGCAACCACGUGCUGAGCAUGGCGCGCCUGGCCCGCGACGUGCUGGCCGAGAUCCCCGACCAGCUGGUGUCCUACAUGAAGGCGCAGGGCAUCCGCCCGCGCUCCCCGCCCACGGCCACGGCUCGCUCUCCCCCACAGUCGCCUGCCCGCACACCCCCAGCUUCCCCGCUGCACACGCACAUCUGAGCGCGUGGUCUGCUCAGAUGGCUGGGGCUUAGGCCAGUAGAAAGGUGGGCGGGGCGCCCAGACCCUGCUGCGGUCCACCCCGCCCAGCCUGUGGAACACGUGUGCCUGGGAGGGUGGCAGGGCGGGGCUUCUGGAGACUCCUCCCACACUGCCCCACACCCCGAAGUCUGGAGGUACAGGUGAUGGAGGUGGGGAUCUGGGCCCCUCCUUCUCCUCUUUCACUGACGCCUGGUUCUGGACCAGCCAGGAAGAUGUUAAUCAGGACCAUCGGGGUCCCCCUCAGCCCACCUGGGUAAUCUUCCUCUGCUCCUUAUCACCCUGAGCCUGGUCUGAGCCUCCACCAGGUCGCCUGCUCCUGUGGUGUCUACUCCUAUACCAGCCCCCUGACCCCCACCUCAGUAUCUAUCCUGUCCCUGUUUCCAAUGAACUCCAUGAGACUGCUGGGCUUUGAGGAAUGCCUGAACAUGUGACCCCCUCCCUGGGACCCUUGCAUGCAGUGGGAGUACUACAGACCCAUGAAGGAGAUGCUGUGGUAGUGGAUGGAGCCCGCCUGGUGGGCGAGGAAUGGAAGCUUAUCAGGCACGGAGUCCUUUCUGGUGCCUCUCCAGCCCAGUGUGACGCUGGUUCUAGACAGAAAUCCACAAACCUCUCCUGGUCUGGGCCCAUAGGCACCUUUGCAGUUGGCUUCUGGCCUCAGACAUCCCCUUCUCUCCCCAGAGGCUGCCCAAGGUCCUUGGGGUGCAGUCCUCUACCACCCACCUGGAGGCUUGGGCAAGAAGCAGCCCUGCUCCAGCACUGACACUGCCCCUCUAUCCCAUGGGGAUGGGGGAUCCCGGGGUUCAACCCUGCCUCCAGCCCCUGCUGACUGCAGGAACCCAAGCAAGGCCUUUCUAUCUUCUGGGUCUCAGUUUCCACAUCUGUAAGGCAAGAGGGUUGACCAGAUGGCCCUGGGUUUACCUUUAGCUCUGAUGGCCUAAGAGUUCACAGUCAUCCCAUGUCCAGCUUCCCCCAUCCCAUUCCUCACUAGUGCUGCCCUUUAAGGCCGUCUUGGCUCUAGGGUCACCCUUUUCCACCCCAUCACCCCAAAUCCACCCUAGUCCCUCAGCCUUGGGCUCCUGGCCUCUGAGCCAGAGCCCUUGCCCCUGUUGUGGGAAAGGUGAGGAAAAUGAUCUCACGCCUGGGCCCCCCCAGCUGCCCAGCCUUUACCCACCUGGGGAACAGGUCAUGCAUGCCAGUCCCUCCUGCUGCAUGGGGCUGCUCUGCCCACUGAACCUCCCAUGCCUGGUGGAGACCAGGCCACACCGCGUCUGUUGCAGAUACCGCUUCCCUUCCCAUCAUGCAUGACGGUGGUGUUUCUAUGCUGUCUGGUCCUGUGCCCGUCUCUGAGACAGUCUCUGUGUGGAAUUUGCCUUAAACUGAAGUAAAUUUGAUUCUUUUACUAAA